CGAAAGUAAGCUCACGUAGACAGCUUGUGGACGUGUUGAUUUUUGGAUCAAUGCAAUUGUCGGUGACAAGUUCAAGUUCCAACCCGUUUCGGAUUUGUGUGAUUUGUGUUCACUGUUUCGCACAUACGUGCCCAAUGAUAAAACAUUCAAUGUUUUGGGAUGAAGGAUGACCCAAUUCUUGCUGCGUGCGUUUCGGAGUAAUGUCCGAGACAAAAUGAAAAAGUAAAAGUAAAUAGAGUUAUGCAACAGUGUCGCAUUAUUGGUUUGAUGCAAAAAAGGGGUUUCCAAGAGCGAGAGUGCAGUUGGAAGGUGUAAUACAAGUGCAACAUCUGAGGAGCAACAAUGAUCUUUUGAUAGAAAACUCUCACUAGUUGAACGUUAAGAAGGCAUGAUCUUAAGGAUCAAUAAAUAGCGCCAAGAUAUUUUCAAUGGUUGUAUCAACUUACUUAUGGUCACAAUAUGGUAAUUCUGUCGGGGUGGUGAGCUACGGCGACGAUUGAUUCAUAAAUAAGUACAACAUCAACGGCGCUACACGCUGCAGGUGAAGACAGCCAACCAAAUUCAAAUUGUUUGUUCGCCUACCGAGGUUUGGUUUGUUCAGUGCCAGUUGUAUGAAGCGUGCCAGAAAAUAAAGUGAAGUGGCAAGGUGAUUGUACCGAGUCGAUCGUGAUAAGUGCUGGAUGUGUUGCUGCAUCAUGUUGUCAUACCUUGAGUGCACCACUACUACGACGAAGAGCAAUAAUCAAUCGCAUUCCAUGUCCGUCAGGCGAGCUGUGAUGCAUAAAUUUCAAUAGCUCAGAACACCAAUUGAGAAGCCAUAUAAAGUGAUGGAAACGACAUCCAAACUGUCAUCAGGUAGACCAAACAUGAAUAAGAUACCCGACCCGCAGAACGAAAACGAUGCCAUUGUGAUCUGAGCCACAGCUCAGAACGGAAGUGACGCUCGAGCGACGACGAACAAGGUCAGCCCAUCAACCAACUUGGUAAUCAUUCGGCAUCGUCCUGCUGAUAGCCGUCGAAUAGUAGUGAAUAUGAUAAAUAUUCAACACCUUUGCUGGACAUGUUGUGCGUACGUACUUCUGGUUAGCAUCAUGAUGACGUCGAACCUGGCCAGUGCCUAUCGAAUCGGAGUGGGAAGAGCCGACUGCACAGGACCACCGGUGGAGAUAACGUUUAUGGGAUAUGCGCAGCUAUCACAGCGAGGAUAUGGAAUUCAUCUGAGACAGUUUUCAAGAGCUUUCAUCUUCGAAGAAGGUGGUAAACGAGCCGUCUUCGUCAGCGUAGACGCUGGAAUGAUGGGCCACGCUGUGAAACGUGACGUUUUGGCGGUUCUGCAGAAAAAGUACGGCGAUAUCUACACCAUUAAUAAUGUGGCCAUUAGUGGAUCGCAUACCCACAGUACCCCUGGAGGCUUUCUGAUGUACCUGUUGUAUGAUAUGACUUCAUUGGGAUUCGUUUCUGAAACGUUCAAUGCGCUGGUUAGAGGUAUUGCGCAGAGUAUUAUCAGGGCCCACAAUAACAUGAUCGAUGCUAGGGUUUACGUGUCGGAAAUCGAUGUGGCGGAAGCAAAUAUCAACAGGAGUCCCAGUGCCUACGAGAACAACCCGGAAGAAGAGAAAGCUCAGUACAAAGAUAAUGUUGACAAACGGCUGGUUCAAAUGAGAAUGGUCAACAAAAACAACGUGGUGUUUGGAGCCAUCAAUUGGUUUGCCGUCCACCCUACAUCGAUGAAUAACACAAACCGUUACGUAUCGAGUGAUAACGUAGGGUAUGCAUCAGUUCUGCUCGAGCAGGAACGGAACAAAAACAGUUUGGUGGGUCGAGGUGACUUUGUGGGAGCUUUUGCGUCAACCAACCUAGGAGAUGUUUCACCAAACAUCAUGGGCCCAAAAUGCGAAAAAACUGGCCUUCCAUGUGAUUUACUGACAUCAUCAUGUCCAACCGGAGCAGGAGCUUGCUUCGCUUCCGGUCCUGGGAAGGAUAUGUUUGAAAGCACUAAAAUCAUCGCGACUAGGAUAUAUGGAGCAGCGUCGCAUCUACUAAGCCAAUCUGGUGGAAGAGAAGUAACCGGUCCUAUAGCCUUUGUACAUCAAUUCAUCGAUAUGACAAAAGCUGAGACCGUAUACUUCAAUCCUAAAACACGCGAGUUCGAGCAGGUCCGAGGAUGCUAUCCGGCGAUGGGUUACAGCUUUGCUGCUGGAACCACUGACGGGCCAGGUGCAUUUGACUUCCAGCAGGGUACCAUAACCGACAAUGCUCUGUGGAAUACCGUUCGUGACUUUAUUGCUGAACCAACGCCCGACGAUAAAGAAUGUCAAGCACCUAAGCCAAUUCUGUUGGCUACAGGUAGGGCCAAGUUCCCUUACGAUUGGCAACCAAAAAUAGUUCCGACGCAAAUUUUGCUAAUUGGAGACUUUGCAAUAGCUGCCGUCCCCGGUGAAUUCACCACAAUGUCAGGCAGGAGAAUACGGAAUGAAAUCUCCAGAGCAUCAGUAGCCGCUGGUGGUAAAGAACUGCAAGUUGUGGUGGCUGGGCUAUCCAACAUGUAUUCCAGUUACAUUGCCACCCCUGAAGAGUACGAGAUCCAACGAUAUGAAGGUGCUUCUACCUUAUUUGGGCCACACACGUUAACCAUCUACAUUCAACAAUAUAAGAAAAUGAUAAGUGCCAUUGUCAAAAACGAAACGUUAGAUGAAGGUCCGUCUCCUCCAUAUCAAGAUGAUAAGCAAAUUUCACUGAUGACCGGAGUUAUCUUCGAUGGUCAUCCUAUUGGGCGCGAAUUCGGCUCAGUUAAAGUGCAACCCCUGAAUACAUACGAACGUGGAGAUACAGUUUGCGCAACUUUUAUAACUGGCAAUCCGAGGAACAAUUUGAUGCAUGAUAAGACUUAUUUCACGGUUGAACAGAAACAGAUUGAUGGAAAUUGGACGAUAAUAGCGACGGAUGCUAACUGGGAGACAAAGUUCAAAUGGGAACGGCAGUCGACUAUUCUUGGAUUCAGUGACAUUGCGUUCUCGUGGGAAAUUGGACCGGACGUAAAACUGGGAACCUAUCGAAUCAGGCAUUUUGGCUACUAUCGAUACAUUCUGGGCGGUGUAUACCCUUAUACAGGUUCGACAAAAACGUUCAUCGUGGAGUGAAGUAAAGAAGGGAUGGAUGACAGUAACUGAUAAAUAUGUGAUAAAGCGGAAGGCCUAUGAGAAGAAACGUUUAAUACACAAGUUGGUCAGAGUUUUGCCAGUAUUAUCUGGUAGUUACAAAGUGGAGCCAAAAAUACUAGUCAUUUAAUGAUAUCUGUAGAGUGCAAUUAAUAUGAAUACAAUAUAGAUUUGUAUGGUUUUAUCAAAAAUAGUGUUUAUUGUUCAAUAAAAAAAAGAAUAAUUUUA